GGAGGGAAGAGUUAUGGAAGAGAGAUCAUAGAGAACGAAUGCGAGUGUUUGAGGGAGAGUGAAUGAGGGAGAGAGAGAGAGAGAGGGAAGGGGGAGGUUUCCUAAGUGCUUGAGCAUCAGUGACUGAUAGAGGACAACACUGCAAGAGAGGUGUUGAGCAUGCAUCCGUCUCUAGUGUUAUCUGAGUGUGCUCAGAUGGGGUAGGAGAUACGCUGCACGGUACGAGGGCACAGUGGGAAGAGCCUGGCAACUCAGCGGAAGCUUUUACAGACAUAUGGAGCAGCAAUAAGUCCAAACGGCAUCAAUUCUGGACCAAAGCCACAAAAGCCAAGAGAAGACAAGCUAUACUGAAAUUCUGGUGUGGGUUAGCUGAACUGGAUGUUCGGUACUCUCUUUGUCUCUGGGUGAUGGUUCUUCAUAGCAGUAUCUGUGGGGAUUGUCUCGGAGAGAAGCAAUUUUGGGCUCGUCCUCCCAGGUGUCACAUCAGAUGUGUUCUUUUUUCUGCCAGCUCGAUUGGCAAUGUGACUUUUUCUUACUAUUCUCAGUGCACUUUUUGGAUACAUAUAUUCUUCACAUCAGAAUCUGAUGGCUCCUACUCUGAAGGCUUUCUCAUCAAGGGAAAACACACUGUAUGGCAUACGUUUUUGAAACAGUGUUGAAACAGAGUUGCAACAGAGGAUGCAUAUGUAGAGAACCGGUAAAAAACUGGCAGAUAUCCCACAUAAGCUGGUAGACUGACUUUUUCUCAAAAUAGAAGCUCAAAAGGGUCUUUCAUUUAUUUGCUAGCUGUCUUUAAGAACAAAGCUUAUUUCAUGCCAAAAAUGAGACCAUUUGAUUUAAUUUUAACAUCAUACAGAAAAGAUCAAAGCUUUGCUGAGAACUGUUUGUUCCAGUGCUGAAACUUUUCCAAUUUUCUUGAUGCCCUCUUUCUUUUUGAAAGCUUUCCUGUUGAAUUUACAGAGAGAUACUAGAUGUUCCUGGACUGAUUUCAAAGUUUCCUAACAACUAUGCAACGAUAUUUGGACCAGAGAGUGGGUCUUUCUUUCAGAUAAGGCCAAACAUCACUGUGGUGGGCUUCAGACAUGAAGCCCGGUGUCCUGUCCCCUUCUGGCUGCUGCUGCUGCUGUCGUCCCCAUGUGAAGGAUGUUUCACAGCACAGCGCUAGGACCAUCUGAACCGAGCCAGAGCCCUGACCGGAGAGCAGAGAUCCGCAGGCACAUUAAGAUGGUCAUGGAACAGCUGGAGGAAGUUCUUGCUGAGCUCAAGGACGUGGCAAAAGAGCUCCGGGAGGUCGUGGCACAAAUUGACAGGUUAACAUCAGAUAUGGACCUCAACUCAGACGAUGACCUGACACUAGUGUGUUGCAGCGAGGACCGUGGUGACCUCUUGCACAAUGAGACAUUAUCCGACAACCACUUACUGCACAUCCCACUGCUAGACACGGUCCGUAACCCAACCACAGCCAAGAAACAAGAGCUCUACCGCAGGAGCUGUGGAGACCUGCCUGCCCUCAAUGGACCAUUAAAGGCCUCAAACAGCCCUAAAGCCUCCUGGCUCUUUGGAUCCGGAGGACGGCUCCAUUAUUACGACAAGACGCUAUAUCACGCGUUGUGCUGCGACGAUGACUAUUACGACGAAGAUAGAGGGGGAAUGAGUUCAUCCAGGCUGUCGUCCAGCGAUUCUGUGUUUUCAUCUUCACCUCCAAGGUUUCUGACGCCCAGAUGCAACCGUAAAACUUACUCCAGCCCGGACUCGAAGAAAAGAGCUCUCCGUAGCUGCAGUACGCAAACUGUGUCCGAUAAAAGCACACAAACUCCCUUCCCAUACAUUCCAGCCAAGCAAAGAGCUUCAAGUGACUACAAGAACUGAAAUAUUCCGCAAGCGUCCCAAAAAGUUAACCCAAAAUGAAACAUCUGCCAUUCAUUUUUCACCCUUAUGCUGCUCUGAAACCAUAUGACUUUCCUUCUUCUGUGGUGAUGCAGAAUGUGCAUUUUUUCUCUCUAGAUGUAAUAGAUGUGAAAAAGAACGGGAUGAGAAGCUGCGAAACAAAAUCGCAACAACAUAAAAAUAGUCCAUAUCACUCAUUAACUAUAAUUAACAUAUUGUGAAUGUAUACUACUGGUCAAAAGUUAGGAGUAAUUACGACUGUUUCAUGUUUUUGAUGAAGUCUCUUCUGCUUACCAAGGAUGCAUUUGAUGUAAAAUACAGUAAGUU